GUGCGGUCCUUUCUGGCUCUGUGGUGGAAGCGGAGGUGUAGGACUUCUUUUCGGGGUUCUCAAAUCCAGCGCAAUCACCGAAAGAGAGCAACUUUUCGAAAAUGUCUGAGCAGUUGGAGUUGAAAGGAGCCCUUAGGGGUCAUAAUGGAUGGGUAACUCGUAUUGCAACGAACCCAAAAUUUCCUGAGACUGUGCUGUCUGCGUCGCGGGACAAAACCCUCAUUCUGUGGGAGCUAACGAAAGAUGAGACGAGCUACGGUAUUCCAAAAAGACGCCUCAAGGGGCACGGUCACUUUGUGACAGACGUCGUGAUGUCUUCGGAUGGCCAGUAUGCUCUGUCGUGCUCGUGGGACAAGACUCUGCGGCUGUGGGAUUUGAUCGUUGGCCGCACGACUCGUCGCUUCGAGGACCACCACAAAGACGUCUUGAGCGUGGCAUUCUCUGCCGACAAUCGUCAGAUUGUCUCUGGCUCUCGGGACAAGUCGAUCAAGCUGUGGAAUACACUGGCUCAGUGCAAGUACACCAUUGAGAAUGCUCACAAUGACUGGGUGUCAUGUGUGCGCUUCUCGCCCAACAACAGCAACCCCAUCAUUGUCUCUUGUGGCUGGGACUAUGAAGUGAAGGUGUGGAACCUGACUAACUGCAAGCUGAAGAAGGCACAUGACGAAGACCACAAGGGCUACCUGAACACUGUCACUGUGUCCCCUGAUGGCUCACUUUGUGCCUCUGGUGGAAAGGACUGCCAGGCAAUGCUCUGGGACCUUAAUGAGAGCAAGCGCCUGUACACACUGGACCACCAAGACAUAAUCAAUGACCUGUGCUUCAGUCCUAACCGCUACUGGCUCUGUGUGGCCACUGGUGCGGCCAUUCGCAUCUGGGACUUGGAGGGCAAGAGCCUGGUGGAUGAGCUGCGACCGGAAGUAAUGACAACAAAUGCAAAGGCUGAACUGCCUCAGUGCAUCUCCAUGGCGUGGUCAGCAGAUGGCCAGACAUUGUUUGCUGGAUACACGGACAACCUGAUCAGGGUCUGGCAGGUGUCCAUUGGCACCACCCGCUAAUUGCCACAAACUCUGAGCAAACUGAAUAAACUCAUUUGUGGUAUCCUGCUUGCA